UAUCUGACACGACUUUCCGAUUUGUUAUGUACUGAAAAAAAAACACCGUCAAGAAUGGAUGAAAUAUGGACACUGCUUUUACUUUGUCUUGCUAUGUUAAUUGGUUGUUAUAUGUCAGGACUGAUACCACUUGCAAUCACAUUUUCAGAGGAGAAGUUAAAACUAGUGACAGUAUUUGGAGCAGGUCUGCUUGUAGGGACAGCUUUAGCUGUAAUUAUUCCAGAGGGAAUACAUGCCAUGUAUAGUGCUGGUGAAGGUCACCACGAACAUGAACAUUCUUCAACUGCAAAAGAGGCUACAGAACAUAAACAUGAGGUCGGUUCAUCGCAUGACCAUCACAGCCAUGGAAUGGAAGAUAAUCAUUCAAUAAUUGGGGUUACCUUGGUAAUAGGAUUUAUAUUUAUGUUGUUGGUAGACCAGAUAGGAGGAUCACAUAUGCAUGGUUCAUCAGACCCAGAAUCACAAGAUUCAAUAGUACAACAGAACAGAAAUAAAAUAACAGCUACACUUGGACUUGUUGUCCAUGCUGCAGCUGAUGGUGUAGCAUUAGGUGCAGCUGUCAUGUUAAAUCAUUCAUCACUUACACUUAUAGUAUUUGUAGCUAUUAUGUUACAUAAGGCACCGGCAGCCUUUGGUUUAGUAUCUUUCCUGCUGCAUGAAGGCUUUGACAGACCUAGAAUUAAAAAACAUUUGUUUGUGUUUUCUAUUGCUGCUCCAUUAAUGGCACUUGUUACAUUUAUAUGUUUAAGUCAGAAAAGUGCAGAGUCAUUCACAGAUGUUAAAACAACAGGCAUUGCUAUGUUAUUUAGUGCUGGUACCUUUUUAUAUGUAGCUACAGUCCAUGUUUUACCAGAAGUAUCAUCUGGACAAGUCAAACAUACUAACCCUGAUGGGACCAUAAUCAUCCAUGAACAUAAAGGAUUUAAAAGUGUAGAACUUGUAGCUAUUGUUGUAGGGGCCAUUCUGCCUGUUAUUUUAUCUCUAGGCCACAAGCAUUGAAUAUUUAUUGAAAAUGAUUUUGUUGAUAAAAAUAUCUCACAAGAUACCAAUAAGAGACUGUCAGAUAGCGGCUGUAUAAUACAACGAUUGAUAUAGCAUAUCUCAAAAGAUGUGUAAAAGAAUAAAAUCUCUUCAGCUUUUUAUUUCAA